AUGAGAUAUAACUAUAGAUCAACUCUACAACUAAUCAAACCAUUCUUCAGCCGAAGAUAUGCAUUUCCUGUAAAUAACAGGUUUAUACAAUCCAAGGCGGAUCAACAAAAUGAGAUAUUGGCUAAGUAUAAGGUCAAGCUAGAAGCCAAAGCCAAGCAAGAAGGAUUGAAAAAUGUCGAACAACUCAGAGAAAAGAUGAGAGACAAGAUCGAAAAUAAAAAGAAGCAGUUUAGUAAGGUUGAUCCGUUGAGGGAACUGGAAAAUUUGGAAAGAGCAGAAAAGUUAAAGGCUGCUAUUGAAGGUAAGAAAGGAAGCAAGCAGGAUCUUGGAGCGAUGAAUCCAGAGAGUUCCUCGAAGCCUUUCAAGACAUUAGAUUCGUUCGUCAAAGUGGAAAAUCUGAAAAAGCUUCCGGCCAAUCAGAUCUCUCUAAUUUGGAGAGCCAGGUUUCAGAUGAAGGACAGAUCACUAUGUGCUGCCGUUCCUGCAGAUAGUUUUGGUAGGAUGUACGAGCAUGCACGCAAAAACCCUAGAUUUGUGCUUCCUCUGCCUAGAGAUGAUGCACAGGUUGAAAAAGGAGAACAGGAUGAAGCACAUGUUCCAGUAGAGAUGCACUUUGUCCAGUGGUCGUUUGUGGGCCCUAACACUGCACAUGUGAUGAUUACAUCAUUGACCGAGUAUAAGUUACAUAAUGAGUAUGCUAGACCUCAUACUACCGUUGCAUUUCAUUCAGAAUUGAAAGAUUCUAAGCACUUAGUGUUGAUGAAUGGACAGGUUGAUAAAGAUGCAGCAGUGAGUCUACAGGAUGCAAGGUUAUUAUUAAUGAACUUACAGAGAUUUUAUGGAGGGCUAGGAGAAGAGAGUGAGAUUAGUAAAGAGAGAUUGAAUAUGGUAAAGCUGUUUAAUAGAGGUUCUGGGGAGUUUGAUGUGAAGAGGUUUAUUGAGUUAGCGGAGAUGAUUGAGAAUUGA